CGCAAAAUGGAUCGGGGGAUCGACAGCCCAUCGCUCCCCAAAACGGCAACCCUUGCGACUCACAUGUUUCUGAUCGGCCUCUGGGAUCGGUGGCCCUCCCCGGCUGUAGGACAGUGUCUCGUGAAGAUGCCAGUUAGAUAAGUCCCUGUUCGGCCAGGGUUGCACGGCGGGGAUCUGCCCUGAAGCACAACGGCAUUAUUGUCCUCCAUCAUGAUUCAAUCCCGCGCCAUCUCGCUUUCUCUGGCGGAAAAACUCGAUUUUGUGCCCGCCCUGGCCUCAAUCGUCCUGACCAUCCUUCGGGCUACAUUAACCUCACUCUGGCGCUCCGCUGCUUAUCCCAAAACCCUGGUGCUGCACAUUGGCUAUGCAGCGUUUCGCAAGGCGACGACACGCUUGACAGUGGCCCAGAUGCAAUAUGCUUUGCCUACCACCAACAAAAACUAUGAGCGUUACGUGCGGAAGCACAAGCUGCCGUGCAAGACGGUUGACCUUGGCGACGGCGCCCUGGGCCAUUGGAUCGGUGACCAAACGGCCGACAAUGUGUUGAUCUGGUACCACGGCGGUGGCUUUGCCCUCCCGGCCAAUGUCGGCUACUUCAAAUUCUUCACCAGGCUCAUCAACACCAUGGCCGCGUCCAACAAAUCCCUCGCCGUCUUCACCCUCACCUACACCCUGGCUCCCCAGGCCAGCUAUCCCACCCAGCUCCGCCAAGCCGUCUCUGCCCUGCGCCAUGUUCUCGAUAAGACCAACCACAGCCCAUCGCAUGUUGCGCUUGGAGGCGACUCCGCGGGAGGCAACCUCGUUGGCGGAGUGCUUUCCCACCUGGCGCAUCCACACCCGGAGAUCGCCUCCAUAACACUCUCGGGGAACCUGCUGGGGGCGGUAAUGAUCGCGCCCUGGACGAGCAUGGAGACCAACUACACAGACCAGGUUAUCGACUCGCGCGGGGAUCUGAUCACCCCGGCGGUGGCAGGACCCUGGGCGAAGGCUUAUCUGGGCACAGCACGGCGCGACUAUUAUACAGACUUGUCGACGGCGCCGACAGACUGGUUCACCUCAUUUCCGGUGGAGCGGGUGCUGGUAUGUGGCGGGGGGAGCGAGAUUCUGUUACCGGUCAUCCGCGACUUUGUGGACAAGUUCUCGGCCGGGUUUGAGCGGGUGGAACUGUGUGUGGGUGAGGGUGAGGGCCAUGUGGCGCCUAUCUAUAACAUGUAUAUCGGGGAUCGGGAUGAGACGGUACAAGGGAAGCGAGUGGUAAGUUGGUUGCGGGAGGUGCUGUGAUGUAGAUAUUCGUGGUGUCGGAUUUGGCGUAUAUAGGCUGGUUGGGGUGUUUGAUACAUAUGAUAUGUUUGAUUAGUGUGUUUGUAUAGUGAAUAUAUAGUAUCACUUAUGC